AUUUCAUAUCUUAGUUGCUCCUGAAAGCACAAUAUAAGUUAUAAUGAGCGAAACGUGCGCCAAUAGCUAUCAAUAUUAUUGGAAUGGUUAUUGAUUAAUUCAAUUGCUAUCAUCAGAAAAAGGGACCGCUGAAAUGAAACUGACCAGAAUCACGCGAAGCCAUAUUUACGUAUACAUUAGUUACUAUAUAAACGUGAGAAUUGUGCGGAUGGUGUUUGCCUUGCAUUUAAUUUCGCGAAACAUGAUCCUCCCUCUGGUGGAAGGAUUGCGCAACUACUAUAGGGAUCGUACCAUUCAUCACACGGGUUCUACAGAAACGGUCCCAGACCUAUACUCUCUUCUACAAGUACAAAGGUGUGCUUCACAUGACGAGCUGAAGCAGAGUUACCAACGGCUGGUUCUGAAGUAUCAUCCAGACAAGAUAGCCCGGCACCAGUCUCCUGAGGAUCAGGCAGCAGCACAGGACAUGUUUGUGGCCGUGGACAAAGCCUGGAAGACUUUGGGUGAUCCAACUCUGAGGAAGGAGUAUGAUGCAAAACUUAAUGAGAAAACUAUCAGCCAAGAGUUUCCAGUUGAUGAAGAGAUCACGCUAGCAGAUAUGGAUUAUGAUGAAGGUGAAGGUGUGUACUCGUACCCUUGUCGCUGUGGUGAUGACUACUCAGUGUGUGAGGAUGAAGUAGAAGAUGGGAGAGAUGUUGUGAUCUGUUGUAGUACCUGUAGUCUCAAUGUGAGAGUACAGGGUGUGAGUAGUGCAGAUGUGCAGGAUGGUACACAUCAACAGGAGGAAAGUAGAUGACAACAAGUCACAAAGAAAAUGUAACUUAUAUAUAUAUUAGGGUUACACAGGAAGAAAAACACUGCAUAUAAUAUAUAAGAUUCUUUGCUGUUGUUUUCUUUAAGAAAAGCUCAAAAAAAGAAGAUGUUGCAAAGCGCAGAUAAUUUGAACUUGUAUUUUAUUACUUUUGAAAUGGCUUGAUACAUUCAUGCAACUGGUACAAUGCCACAAACAAAGAAGAAAGGUUACAGACAAAUGUGCCCUUAGCAGUCAGACAUUGAUACACUAGAAGUCACUGGUACAAUACAAGUUGGCACAAUGUCCUAGUUUUCAAUUUGAUAAAUAUAUGUACAUGCAAUCUUAGCUUAAUUUAAGAACUCACAAUUUUUAUUUUGUAUUUCACAAUUGUCUAACUUCCAAAUAUAUCUUAGCCUCUAUCUACUACUACUGCUUUCUU